CUGGCUUUGCAGUACAAAUAAUUGAAGUGCAACUGUUGGGGCACAUGGCCUAUGGCCCAAGCCCCUCCUUUUCAGUUGCAUACAGCAACACAACGAUCAACGAUUUUCUUCCUUUGUUCCUUAGCUUUUCGAUUCUCGAACCCCUUCCGUUGGUUGCUUCUCUCUUGCAUCAUCUUUUUUUCCCUUGUUUCCUUCUCGUUGACUGACGUUCCUUCCCAUUCCACCCAAAACACCAUAAUCUUUGUCUUUGAAUCUUAGUUGCCUCUUUGUUCACAGCUAUUGUCAUAGCGUGUGAGUCUUAGAAACUAACAGUUCAACUUAGAUGAAUCUAUUUUUUCUGAUGGGAUCUUAGUCUUUUGAAUAAAAAAAAUGGAUCCUGUUGCAGUUGGUGUUAUUGCAAACGUUUCUUCCGAAGCUGCGAAAGGCACCUUCCAAGAAAUUAAACGUCGUAUCAGAUACCUAUUCAUAUACAAGGAAAAUGUUGACAAGUUCGAUAAGAAAUUUGAGGUGUUGAAAGCAAAAAGAACAAGUGUGCAGCAAGAGGUUGUUGCUGCAGAAAGGAACGGGGAGAAUAAACCGGAUGUCGAGCUUUGGUGUAAGACAGUGGACAAGGUAAUUGAUGAAGAUGUGAAGAAAGUGAAGGAUCUUGAGGACAAAGUAAAGAAAAACUUCAACUCUCGCUACCAGUUUAGCAAAAAAGCAGAAGAAGUUGCCGCGGUUGUUGACCUCCUUAUCCAGCAAUGUCAAUUUAACAGAGUGGGAUACCUUGAUGUUCCAAAAGCUAUAGUGCCUAGAUUUGAGCCCUUUAAAUCAAAAGAGAAGGUUUUCAAUGAUAUCAUGCAGGCAAUGAAGGAUGCUACUAUCAGCACUAUAGGGGUGUAUGGGAUGCCUGUUGUGGGCAAAACAUCACUAGUCAAAGAAAUUUCCAGACGAGUCCAAGACCAAGAGGUCAAGUUAUUUGAUUUGGUGGUUAUGGUAACUGUGACUCAAACUCCUGACAUUCAGAAAAUUCAACAAAUUAUUGCUGAGUUCAUGAAUUUAAGACUAGAAGAUAAGACUACGAAUGUAAGAGCUUGUAGAUUGCACGAGAGGUUGAAGAAACAGAAGACGGUUCUUGUUAUUUUAGAUGAUAUUUGGAAGAGGCUGUAUCUCGAGGAAGUUGGAAUUCCAUUUGGAGACCAACACAAGGGAUGCAAGAUAUUGUUGACGUCUAGAGAUCAAAAUGUACUCUCCAAUGAGAUGGAUGCUGAGAAAACUUUUGUAAUUAAUGAUUUAUCCGAUGAAGAAGCUUGGAACUUGUUUAGGAAGAUGGCUGGGGAUAGUGUUGAAAGAGCUGAGUUGCGAUCUACAGCAAUUGAGGUAGCCAAAAAAUGUGCAAGAUUGCCGUUGGCCAUCACAACUGUUGCAAAUGCAUUGAGUAAUAAACCUUUAUAUGUUUGGGAGGAUGCUUUACUACAACUACGGAAGCCUUCCUCGAGAAACUUGAGUAGGAAAUUCGCAGACGCAUAUUCAGCUAUAGAGUUGAGUUACAAUCAUUUAGAAAAUGAAGAACUCCAACGGGCUUUUCUGCUUUGCAGUCUACUGGGUCAUGUUGGAAGCAUUGGUGUCUUGUUGAAAUAUGCCAUCGGUUUAGGUUUAAUUAAUGGUGUCGACACCGUGGAGGAAGCACGAAGCAGGUUGUUAACAAUGGUGAGUGACCUCAAAGCUUCUUGUUUGUUACUUGAUAGUAACACCUGUGAACUGUCCUUUGUUAUGCAUGAUCUUGUUUAUGAUGUUGCCAUGUCAAUCGCUUCUAAGGACAAUCACGUUUUUGCAUUAAACAAGGACAAAGAUUGGCCUGAUGAAGAGACAAUGAAAAAGUGCAACAUGAUUAGUUUGGAAUGUCCCGGUAUUAGAGAGCUUCCUGACGAGUUGAAUUGCCCACAGCUUGUUCUUUUCUAUAUGUUUGGCGAGGAUGAUUCGCUGGAUAUGCCACCUAGCUUCUUUAGGCAAAUAACAAAUCUUAAAGUCUUAGAUCUGUCUGGGAAGCAACUGUCUUCUUUGCCUUCGUCAAUUUGUCUCCUAGCAAGCCUCCGUACAUUGUGUCUAGAUGAUUGUAAAUUGGGAGAUAUAGCCAUUAUUGGAGAGCUUAAGAAUUUAGAAAUUCUUAGCUUUUCAGGAUCUAAAUUUAAAACUUUACCUAAAGAAAUUGGGCGAUUGGUUAAGCUAAAAUUAUUAGAUAUAAGUGAUUGUACUGGACUUAAAAUACUUCCAUCAGGCUUCUUCUCAAGUUUGUCAAGAUUAGAAGAAUUAUAUAUGCUUGGCACUUUUAUUCAAUGGGAAGCAAGGGAUCAUGCCAACCAGCGAAGUAAUGCUAGUCUUGCUGAAUUGAAGAAUUUGUCCCGUUUGACUGCUUUAGAAGUUCAUAUUCUUGAUGUUGAGGCCAUGUCAGGGGGCUUGUUCUUUGAAGAGUUGCAAAAGUUGGAAAGUUACAAGAUUUUAAUAGGAAGCCAUGAUGAGAAACAGUUUUAUCAGGAUCCGCGUGAGUAUUCAAGGACUCUGAUACUCAAUACAAGCAGCGUUGAUCAUUGGGAUCAUAGACUUGAGAUGUUUUUGAAAAAAACUGAAGCUCUACGUCUCUAUAGGGAUUUCAAUAUAGAAAAUGAUUCCGUGAUCAAAUAUAUCAUUAAUGAUAAUGGUGCAGUUGAUACAAUUGAAUUUCUUCAAUUACGAUCUUUGAUAUUUCAGGAUCUAACCCAUCUCAUUAGCUUUUGCUAUGUAGAUAAGAGCGCCUCAACCUCAAUACCUCGACAUGAGUUGCCUUUUUUAAGUGAAAAGAUGUUGUUACCUUGCUUGGAGACAUUGAUAUUGUUCUCAACUAAUGUUGAAAGGAUAUGGCAUAAUUCUUUCUGCAAUCUUGAGAAGUUGACAACGUUGGUCAUCAUGGGUUGUGACAACUUAAAACAUUUAUUAUAAUUUUCCAUGGCUAGAAGGCUAAUGCAUCUCAAAUUCUUCAAGAUAAGUUUUUGCAAUAGCUUAAGAGAGAUAAUUUCAGCCGAGGAUACUGAAGAAGAAAGCAAGGCUGAGAUUUUAUUUCCUAAAUUAGCCUCUUUAAGCUUAGAGUGUCUUCAGCAUCUCAUUGGUUUUUGCUCAAAACAUCAAAAUAUUGAAUUUCCAUCCUUGAAGUCACUGAAGAUAGAAUAUUGCCCAGAACUGAAGGGGUUCAUACACAAAUCUACAUUGGAAGGGAGCCAAUGUUUCUCUAUUCAAGCUCUCUUUGAUGAAAAGGUUGCAUUUCCUAGUUUGGAGGAAAUUUUGAUUUCCAACUUGAGAAGCGUAAAGAUGAUAUGGCAGAACCAGCUCUUUGCGAAUUCCUCUCUCAAACUACAACGACUGCUAGUUGUACGGUGCAAUGAUUUGUUGACCAUUUUCCCGUCUAAAACGUUGAGAGCAUUUCAAGGACUGCAAACUCUACAAGUUGGCGGAUGUGUUUUGCUAGAAGAAGUAUUUGAAAUCGAAAGGCCAAAUAUGGAAGAAACACGUGCUAUCACCACUCAACUAAAAGAACUGGUUUUAGGGCAUCUACCAAGCUUGAAGUAUAUUUGGAAAAAUGAUCCCCAAGGAAUUUUUACAGUUGAAAAUUUGCAGGUAAUAGAUGUUCGGUGUUGUUUGAAUCUGAAGAAUGUAUUUCCAGCCUCAGUAGCCAGAGUUCUUCCACAACUUAGAGAUCUUUGCAUACAUGACUGUGGAGUGGAGGAGAUUGUUUCCAUAGAGGAAGGAUUGGAAAAAACUGUCACUUUUGAGUUUAAUCAAGUAUCCUUCCUUUCUCUUUGGAAGCUACCAGAACUCAAAUGUUUCUAUCCACGGGUGCAUGCGACAAAGUGGCCAAUGUUGAAAGAGUUCAACCUAUAUGGCUGUGGCAAAACGAAGAUAUUGGGUACAAAACAUUUCAGCAUUGUAGAUACGCCUAACGUCAAUUGGCAACAACUUGAGUCCCAAUUAAUUUCCUUGCAUGAAAAGCAAGCUUGGUCAUUGGAUGACCUACUGCAUCAAGGUUCCAUGGUUACGAGCAUGGAUUUUCAUCCUUCGCACCACACAUUGCUACUAGUUGGUUCUGCCAAUGGUGAAAUCACACUUUGGGAACUUGGGAUGCGUGAGAGAUUGGUUACAAAGCCAUUCAAGAUAUGGGAAAUGUCGACGUGUUCAAUGACAUUUCAGCAUUGCAAUUGAUUAAACACACCUUUCCACUGCUGACAAGAAUUAUGGAAAUGGCUAACAGUCAUAUUAACAAUCAAGAGUAUUCAUUAAACACACCUUUCCACUGUUGACAAUGGCCACAGGCGCAAUGUGCUGCUUAUCUCGUCCAAAUUCAUAGAAAUAGUAAGUCCUGACAUCAAUUGAGCACUUCGAAAGCAUACACCAGACACAGAGACAAAGAUAGUACAUUUGGCACUAAAUAAACAUGCUUUCAAUAACUUUUCUUCCCCAUUAUAUUCAUUAUCCUUUGUAACUUUUUAGUGCAAUAUGCAGAAUCUCAUCUGUCAUGUAAGGUGCAUGCUUUCAAAAGGCAGAUCUGCAAACCUUUCCAUUUCCAUCUGGUUAAAAUUCUGAGAAACACUAACUUAUAACAGUAGUGGGGACUUGGUUGUGUUUAUGCCUAAUCUACAUUCUGUUAUUCCCUCGAUUGGUUUUACUUACUGAAAAGCGUAACUGU